CCACUCUUCUUGUCUUGCUGACGCUCGUGCGCAGGUCCGGUUCAAAUGAGACUCGAUCAAGAGGCGAGCUAGCGAGUGUGUUUGCGCUGGUCCUUCAAACGAACGCGGGAGCGCGUCGCUGUGUCGCCUGAUGGAAAUCCACCUCCCGUGUGCCUCCGCGCGUCCGUUCGCUCGUGAGAAUGACCUCCAAGAAUCCAUCAAGUUAUAUCCAGGGAAUGUCUUCCCCGACAGAGGAGUCUCAUACAAGAGCAGAAUUCUGGCUCGGCAACUGACUUGGCCUCAGCAGAGGUCCGGUCGAGCCACAAAAACCAUCUGAGGUCUUGACCCUUUAUACACAACAGUUUCCCUCCGUGGGCUUCUCGUCCUCGUCCGAUUGGUCCUCCGAGGUGGACGCCAGUCCUGGUCGCUGGCUCCCUCGUAACCAUGGCAACGAACCCGUUCUGGACCCGGUGGCUCUUAUCAGGACCAGCUCUCCUCCCUCUGACCUUGGACCCGGCGACGUUUCUUCCUCCAGUGUGGUUCACUCCCGUCUUUGGACUCCACCUGCAACUUCACCUUCUCACACACACUCAGCCACACUGCCUCCUCCAGCAUUCCUGCAUCUGUAGACAACUGCUUUAUUAGCAGCACAAACAAUGGAUGAUAUGACUACUGUAGAAGGAAGGCACUGUUCCCAUUACGCCGCGUCUCCUCCUCGCCUGCUGAAGCCGCCCUGACUGAGAGAAGAAGGUGGUGUUGCAGCCGGGGGCCGAGCCGCCGGGAGCCCAGUCUGCUCCAGCCCGCCGCCACCAGAGGGCAGCAUCCGGAGGCCAGACCCGCGCCUGCCUUCUUCCCUGGCUCCUGUCAGCGAGUCACCCGGGAGCUCCGGGCUUCAGCUGGGUCCCUGAGCCGUGGUGACUGGGCGGCAGAGUCCGACCGGUUCUGUCUGCGCUCUCUCCUCCAGACAUGGGGAACACAGAGAGCGUGGUGGUGCAGAAACGCCUGGCCAGGUUCCGGCCGGACGAGCGGCCGCUGAUCGAGGCCGUCUUUGACCGGCUCCACGCUGGCGCCAGGGAGACUCAGGGGCCCGCGGCGGGACGGGUUCUGACGCUGCCGAUGCUGCAGUCCACAGUGGGCGCGCUGCUGUCCGAGUCUCUGCUGCGGAGGCUCUUCGGCUCCAUGUGCAGCAUCAGCUCCGGGUCACCGGCGGCGUCCUCGCCCGGGGUGAGUCGCCAGCAGCUGCUCAUCUUCCUCGCCGACACGUUACGGGGCACAGCAGAAGAACGGGCGCCUCUGGUCCUCGCCAUGACGCUGCCGGGCGCCGCCCACGUCAGCGCUCAGCAGGUGUCCGAGUGCUUACAGGACCUGAUCUCGGGAGUGCUUCGGCUGAUGGCCACCAGGGGGCGCCUGCAGGGCUGGGAGCCCAGCCGCAUGAGUCCAGAAAGUCGGGGAGUCCAGCUGCUGGCGGAGCAGAUGACGUCCGAGCUCAAAGCCUCGGACUCUGGUGGCUGUGACGUCUCCUGCCUGGAGGACUGGAUCUUCAGGGUCCCUCAGGUCUCACUCUACCUGGAGAUGCUGGUGGCAGAGAGUCUGGGCGUGGCCCUGAGCGGCCGGGCCGAGCCGAACCUGCUGCCUUCGUGUCAGGGAACGGCCUGGAAGGACCUGAGGAGCCUGCUGGACCUUCCCACCAUCGUUUUCUUGGCGCCCCUGUUGCCGGAGAGGCUGAGCGCCCCCUGGAGGCUGGUGUUCUCCACACAGUUGCAUGGAGAGAGCUUCACCAGGUUGGUGGCGGCGCUGACCGGUCAUGGUCCCAACCUGCUGGUCAUCAAGGACACGAAAGGCCACGUCUUUGGGGGGUUCGCCUCCUGCUCCUGGGAGGUCAAGCCUCAGUUCCAGGGUGACUCCAGGUGCUUCCUCUUCACCAUCGUUCCCAGACUGAGGGUCUUCACCGCCACCAGCUACAACCAGCACUUCAUGUACCUGAACCAGAACCAGCAGACCAUGCCCAACGGACUGGGCAUGGGCGGGCAGCACCACUACUUCGGCCUGUGGCUGGACAGCGACUUUGGCCGGGGUCACAGUCGCGCUCGGCCCAAGUGCACCACCUAUGGAAGCCCGCAGCUGUCGGCGGACGAGGACUUCGCCGUGGACUGCGUGGAGGUGUGGGCGGUCGGGAAGCUGCCAGAGCCGGAGGAGGACGACGAGGUGAAAGGCAAGAAGAGCAUCCUGGACGCUGACCCCGAGGCAGAGGCCCUGCUGGAGAUGACUGGCCGGAGCCUGCAAAGUCAGGGGCUCCGGGAGCCGGAGGAGGAGCCGUGACUGGUGCCGCCGCUGGAGAGGCCACCAGCAGAGGAGGAACUCUGGUGUGUCGUGAUCCCAGCGUGAUGAACUGCAGCCUGCGUCCCUGGCCUGAGGACGGGACCAGCCCCUGAGAGACGCUGAGCCCGGCCCGACCCCACCGGCUCUGAACCCUGAGAUGAUGUGUCCUGUUGACUCUGCUGAUGUCCUUCUUGAGUAAAG